UUGGAAAGCUGUAGCCGCGCGAGCACGUAAAAUUUCGGCCCAAACAAACCACGGCCAGGGCUUCGAAUCCGAUCCCCAUCGAGCCCGUCACGAUUCCGUUACCCCACCUGCGCUCGGGAUCUCCCCCGGGCAUCCAAUCGAGCAGCCGCCGUCCCGCAAUGAUUCCGUCCUCCCGAGGAAAGCGAGAUGAGCUGCCGCAGAUAAGGAGUCUUCUCGGGCGAGGCGAACCCCCAAUCCGGUCCGGCGGUGCUAGGGUUAGAGGUCUUCCGCCGCGGUGAGAGAGGCGGCGGCUUGGGAAGAUCGUGCGUGCUGGCGGGGCGCCGCCUUCGCCGGCGAGCGAACCGGAUGCUAUGUUGCUGACCUGCGGGUCGCUCUCCUCCUGGGUGCGCCGCCUCGUCGCCUGCGUCGGAGGUUGUUUUGGAUGUGCUCAGCCUACUCCAAUAAUAGCUGUCGAUGAGCCCUCAAAAGGUUUAAGAAUUCAAGGGUGCCCAAUAAAAGAGUGUAGUUUGUCUGACGACUUCUGGAGUACAAGCCCGCACGAAAUGGAGAACAGUGCCAUGCAUUCCCGACAUAGCAUGUCUUCAAUGAGUGCAGCAGCACAAUCUAAUGAUCAACACACAGCUGGAAGUAGCAAUAACCCAGAUGAGUUUGUAAAUCAAGGUCUUCUACUGUGGAACCAGACUAGACAGCAGUGGGUUGGAAACAGAAGGCCUAAAUCUCAGGGUCAACAACUUCGAGGACCAAGACUAAGUUGGAAUGCUACAUACGAGAGCCUGCUCGGAAGUACGAAACCAUUUGCAAAACCAAUCCCUCUUGGUGAGAUGGUAGAGUUCCUCGUGCACAGCUGGGACCAGGAAGGCCUAUAUGAUUAGUUGGCUAAUUCAAGGGUAUUGUUUGAGGUCACAUUAUUAAUCGCAGAAAUGUUGUGAACUUUAGAUGUCAAAGCUUGUGUGGUGAUGAAUGUGGAUUAUCCUGGGGACAGGAUGUCAUCCCUCUCUUGAGCAAAUCUAAAAUAUUAUUUUAUUAGUUGUGCUCACUAUGUUUAA